AAACAAUUCUCAUAUCAAAACCCCGUUAAUCUAUAAAUUCUCCCUUCCUUUCAUAAUUUUCUUAAUUUAUUGUUUUAAUUAAAGAGUGUUCUUCAUUUCUAUUAUUAAUUGUUGAAAUGGUGAGGGAAACAUCAGAGAAAAGAUACGGAGUUUUGCUAGCAGCAAGAGACUCAGAAUACGUGAACAAAGUGUACGGAGGAUAUUUUAAUGUGUUUAUCGCAGCUUUUGGCGAAGAAGGAGAAAAAUGGGAGUUAUUUAGGGUUGUUGAUGGAGAGUUUCCUGACAUUGAUGAGCUUCACAAAUUUGAUGGUUUUGUAGUUAGUGGAAGCCCUUAUGAUGCUUAUGGUAAUGACUGUUGGAUUCUCAAGCUUUGUUUCCUUUUGCAAACUUUGGAUUUCAUGCAAAAGAAAGUUCUUGGAAUUUGCUUUGGCCAUCAGGUAUUGUGUAGGGCAUUGGGUGGGAAGGUAGGAAAAGCAACAACAGGAUGGGAUAUUGGGCUAAGAAAAGUGAGAAUAGUGAAUGAUAUGCCACCAACUAACUUCCAAACUAACUUAACUGAAAUCCCAUCGUCUCUAUCAAUUAUAAAGAUCCAUCAAGAUGAAGUUUGGGAAGUUCCAUUAGGAGCUGAAGUCAUUGCAUUCUCUGAUAAAAUUGGUGUGGAAAUGUUUUCAAUUGGAGAUCACAUUUUGGGUAUUCAAGGUCAUCCUGAGUACACUAAAGACAUUCUUUUUAAUCUCAUCGACCGCCUUCUUACCAAUAACUCGAUACAGAUUGAUAUUGCUGAGAAUGCAAAGAUGGGAUUGGAAAUAGCUGAACCAGAUAGGAAAUGUUGGGAAAGGAUUUGCGGAAAUUUUCUUAAGGGGAGAUAUAUAGAUUAUUGUUAAAUUUUCAUAGUCUUUGUGAGUGUUCAUGAAUAUGUAUAAUAAUCUUUUUUUUUUUUGAUAAAUAUGUAUAAUAAUUAAUGUCUAACAAUCUCAAGUAUGAUAUGUGGGAAAGGGAAAUAUGGCCCUUGGUAAAAUUAGCCAUCAUCACUAUUGUAAUCAAUGGUUAAACUAUGACUCUGCAGUUUCAUAUAAUGUAAUUUUCAUACUGACCCCCUUACUGAAUAAAUUGAUUUUUUAUAUUUCAUA